CCCCCCCCCAAACGCACAGACGGCGAUCAGCUGACCUGUCAAAAUAUCACGCAGCGCGUGCGGUGGGCAUGUUUGUGUUUGUGUGUACACGUUGAAGUCAUGGCAGCCAAGAUGGAGCUCGCACCCCUCAGACCGUGGGAUGAUUUCUUCCCCGGAACGGACCGGUUCGCCAAACCCGAAUUCGGGGAUUUGACAAAGUGGAACAACAGAGUGAUCAGUAACCUUCUGUACUAUCAGACCAAUUACUUCGCCGUGGCUGUGGUGGUUUUCCUCAUUGUAGGGUAAGUCCUGUUAGCAUGUAGCAUCUCUGGCGCUGUGUUUAAUCAGCCCGCAUACCUUCGAUCCACACCCUACAUGACUGCACAGGCUAUUUCUGUAACCUAUAGCGGUGUUGUGCCAAGCUUUGUAGCACAGAAACGUUCAUUAAUUUCUCAUUAUUGAACAUUUUGUGGUCUUGAAGCAGUUUUACACAUAUUCUUUUGAAACUAGUGGAAAAAAACAGCAUUCAAACACUAUAACUGGCUCACUGUGUAGCUUAUGCAUAAGCCUCAUAGUGAUAGAGAAAAUGGAAAACCCCACUUAUGCUGUUAUUUUUGAUUAAUAUAACAUAUGGUGAUGCAGGCUGCUUCUUAUGAACUGUGUUGUAUCAGUCACUUUUACUGUCCUUUAUCAUUACCAGUGGUGUGGUGUUGUUUUAACGCAUAAAGCAGAUUUGAUAGUUUUCUGAAUAGUGGAUGAUGUAGUGGAAAUAAUGAGGCCUUGCUGCAGGCUGGCUCAUGCCCUCGAGUGGUUUCCACCAGCUGUCCAGGAUGUUUGCAGUUAUUUUCUUCACCAGCAGGUUGUGCUAUUAAUAAGUGUUUCAUUUUUAUGUUUCUCUACCACAGGUUCCUCAACCCAUUUGGCAUGUUUCUGGGAGGACUGGUGGUGACGCUGGUCUUCAUGGGUUCGGUGUGGGCAGGAGAGAACAAAGCCAUGGUCAAGAACUUCAAGAAGAAGAACCCCACUCUGUUUGUCGUCGCCGUCAUGGUUACAAGUUACUUUCUCCUCUCGCUGUGCGGUGGUGUCAUGGUCUUCAUCUUUGGGAUUACCUUCCCUUUGCUGUGUAAGUCUCAUGGUGCUUCACAGGGUUUUGCAAAAAAAAAUGUUGUAUUAAACACUUUCUGUAGGAGAGAGUGGGGUAAGUUGAGCCACCCCCUGUUACUUGGAAAUGGUAAAAAAAAAUUGAUCAUGUGACCAAAUAUUUAGGAGAUGGGCAUCAAUUCAUGGAGUCUGUGAAGGUUAGAAGCACAUGGGUGAAGGGGUUAGACAUUGAUUUACAAAAAAACGUAGGAUUACGUAAGAUUCACUCUUUCUUGUCAGACAAGCAAGUAUCUUUUUGCAGAGUCACAAUUUCCUGGAAUAGCCUGGUUCUGAUGUGAGGUCCCAAUCUGUAGCAUUUCGACUGAUGUUGUUUUGCACAACCAAACACGUGUAGUCAUUGCUAGAGGCAAGGACACUUGCAUGUUUCCUGGUCUUAAAGCUAUACAAAAAAACAAGCAUUGAUGGUACAGUGAAUGGUUGAAACUCUGAUCCUAGGUGAGCUGUUAUUUCUUGAAAACAGUGCAAAUAUCAAAAUAUAACAGGACAAAUUAAAAGAGUUCAUUAAAAAUAUUCGAUUUUCUUUAUUUCUAAUCUCAAACUCCAGUAAUGGAUAGGGGAGAGUGGGGCAAGUUGAGCCAUCCCCCGUUGCUUGGAAAUGGUAAAAGAAAUUGAUCAUGUGACCAAAUAUAGACAUUUAUUUCCAGAAAAACAUUUUUCACUCUUAAAGGGGAAUUUAGUCUGUUAUAAGUUUUACUAGAAUUGUGUUCAGACCAAAAAAGAUCAUUUUAAAUGUGUUUUAUACAUCAAUUGAAGCAUCUAUGAGCUACAUCAUGAGGUCAAAAACCUAGCGUAAAAGUCCACCAUUUUAGUUCAGAGGACUAAUAAAGUCAUCAUAGUAGUUUUGGUGACUGUUAUUCAGGGAGAGAGAAGGAGAGGGAGGGCUGAACUUACCCCGCUCCUAUGGUCAAUUUACCCCAUUGCCUGGAGACCACUUUUUUUGGCAUGCUACAUUAUCAAGACAGUUAUGUUUACACUCAUUCUGUUGGUUUGCAGGGAUGCACAACAUCUUGAAAUAUAUGCAGAUACACUAGUUAGAGACAAAACUAUGAUUGUCUUGAUGUAGUGAUCCACUUUCCCCCAGUUUAGCAGAUAAUCUGACUUUAAGGAGGAACAUUUGCAUAAAUCUGAGUAUAAUUUCCGGCUCUCAUCAGCAGAUAAACUAGACCUUUAAUGUCUUGGUUUCCAUAGUUACAAGUUGAGUGUUACAGUAACCUUACUUUUGAGCUGCCUUUCAUGCAAACACUAUAUCUACCACAUGCAUACUGUAAAAUACAUACUGAAAGAUGUUUCUGUGGUCGCAUAUUUUAAAGCACUUCAGUUUGGAAUUUCAGAUGUAGAUGUUGCUUUUAGUACAGGGUGGAGUUUGCUCUGUACAGACUGAGCUGUAGUGUCCUUUUGGUUCCUUCAACCAGUUCCAAUCCAACUUGUAAUUUAAGAGUGCACACUGAUAGAUUUAGUUAUGCAGAGUUGCACAAACACAGAUUUUUUCACACAGAAAGAUGUUUUGUUUCUUGCAUUCGCUACUUUUAUUCGUCUCUAGAGGUGCUUCAACUGUUUUAGUAUCAUGAUAAACUUGGUGUUGGGCCUUCUCGUAAUAGAAUUUAAUCAGUUUUAUUAAAAAUACUCGCUGGCGAAUGCUAAACCAUGAACAUGUUUCAGUGAGACUCUGACUCACACAGAAAUUCAUAACUGAGGUUUGGCUGUGGAUGAACAAGUUCUUCCAAACACACUCUCAUUCUGAGUCACUGGAGGGUUUGAACUCCAUGCACAGUGUCAUGGAAAUGUGUUUCCCUCAUGAUACAGAUUGCAAAAUCAAGUCAGCGUUGCAUGGAGAGGGAUACAGAAGCUCAGAAGUAUUGUUUUGGAUCUGUUUGAGCUCUCUAAAUACUUUCAGAGUCAGACCGUCAGCGGAGUGGUUUGGAUAAUUGAUGGGUGGGAUCGUUAGAGCAAAUGUUGCUGCUCUAAGAUCACAGCGGAUAGAUGAGACAGUUUGAUGGCUUCCCAGGAGGCUUGCCCACUGCUGCCUGUGUUGACGGGUUGCUAUGGGUUGUUGAUUCGAACAGAACCACAUUUACUGGCUGAUGUCAUGCAUUCAGUAUCUACCCGGCGUUGGAAUAAAAGACACUUUGACCCUCACGCCGGCUUUAUAUCUGAGAUGCAGUAUCACAUUAUGUUUUCCUUAUUCCCCUACAUGUAUUUAUUUAUAUUCCCAUAGCAAAAAAACAUAUCAAUAACUUUCUGUUGUAUUCCCCGUAGUAAUCCUUAUCCACGCCUCGCUGAGGCUGCGUAACAUGAAGAACAGGCUGGAGAACAAGAUAGAGGGUGUUGGCUUGAAGAAGACUCCCAUGGGCGUCAUCAUGGACCUCCUGGAUCAGCAGGAGGAGAGAGUGAACAAGAUUCAGGAUUUCAUUGAAAGCAAACUGAAAGAAUGAAGAUUAAGUCAAAGGUGCGCCAAGGGGAGUCGGUAUCAUAGAGUAUGGAGAACAGUUUCCAUAGCAACAUCCCAAGUGUCAAAUUUUUAUCUCCUGUGUUCAUGUAAAGUUACUGACGUUACCAUUCCCAUACUUUUUUUCCAUUUAGGUUGACCUUAUCCCCCUAAACUUCAGUGUUUGUUUUCACCGUCCGAGGAUGGAUAAUAUCAGUAUUUCAAGAUUUGCACCAUCACUGUGUGGAUUGGUUGUUGAAAGUCAAAGGGCACCAAAGUUACCAAAGGUUUGAGCAUUCCCAUAUUAAAAAAAAAUAUAUUCCAAAACUAAAUUAUUUCCCUUGUUAAAACACAGCACUUUGUUCCACAUUUCUUUAUAUUUUAGCAAAACAAGAGUAGAGUAUAUGAAGAAAAUAUCAAAAGCAGUUAUGAGAUACCAAUUCUAACGUCCUGAAAAAGACUCAAAAGAUUCUUUCAGUUUGCUACCUCAAAACAAGCAUGCUUGAUUUUGUCCUCACUGAGUAAAACCACAACAACUCAGACCGUAACAUCUGGUUAGCUGCUUCAUAAACAGCAAUAACUCCCAUCUUGUCACUCCAGGAGCUGUGGGAAGACCAAUCUAAGGGGCAGUUAGCAUUUUGUGGAGACAUUGUCACAUGGUCUGACGAAUAAAACUGGAAUCUAAAUGUUUCUAUUUUCAAAAGAUUCGUGAAUACGGCUCCUGACCAUACAGGCUGGCCCCAGUGUAUCCCUUCUAAUCACAGCUAUGCAAUACAGAAAAAUGAAUGGCAAGUGCAGCUUUAUUGUUUGAGUAUAAUGUCAUGGAAUAUAUAUAUAAAUGCGUGUUGUUUUUUUGAUGUGUUUUUAUUUAAAAAUAUAGCAUGCAGACAUGUGUAAGAUAUCUGCAGGACGCUAAGGUCAUAAAUUUGGCAUUGAAACAAAACUAUUAAUAAAUGACUUAUCUUUAAUUCCUCUUUGUUCCUCUUCUUUUAUUAAAACUCGACUGGAAACAGAUGUGCACUAUUUUGACAAUCUCUUUGGGAUCAAACACUUUUCUUUGAACUUAAUCUGACUGGAAUCAGUCGUGAAAAUGAUCAAGCGUUUCCUUUGAACCGCUCGCUUUCGCAGCAAAAGCAGCUGUUUCCUGUCUUUUUACACACAUGCAAAGCAACUGCAGUUUGCAUAUUAACGUCAUAACUGACAGUUCAGCAAGACUGUUAUCAGCUUUAGAAUAAUCUUUGUUCUAUGUGGCUUUUCAUUAUCGGAAAAGAGCUGAAUAUAUUCAAAUAAAGACAGCUAAAUACACAUAUAUUUUAAAGUCUCUUUACAGAGCUCCUUUUUUAUGUUUAGUUGUUUUGAUUUUCAUAAAUUACUCUUUUAACUUGGUUAAGUUUCCCUGUUGAAUCAAUGUAGUACUGAAAUAAAUCAAAAGCUUAUUAUAACCCUGCUGAGAAGUGA